CUUCAAUUUUGGAGUAGCCGGGCCAGCUCGCGUGGUUGCUUCCAUCAGGACAUCACAACCAAACCAAAGUCUAUCGGCAUCAUAGCCUCAGGCUACGUGAUCGAUCGGAAAAUGACCGAAGGCAGCCCAAUCGGUCUAACAAUUGUUAUUCUAGCUCUCUCCAUGGGGAUGCGGGGAAACAUAACUUACUUAAACCUCGACCUUAGCUGAAUUUAAUACAAUUAACUGCACUGAGCUGAACGUCCUUUUUACCAGUGAACACGCCACUCGCUUGUAGCAAGACUUUUAACAGGCACAAUUUAAGAUCAGUCGGAAAUCAGAGGAUGGAGAAAGAUUUCGAUGCAAUUGUUGUUGGUGCAGGCUUCGGAGGGAUUUAUAUGAGCAAGAAAUUAAUCGACCAAGGCCUAUCAGUCAAAGUGAUAGAGGCAGCCUCCGAUGUUGGAGGAACUUGGUAUUGGAACCGGUACCCUGGGGCUAUGAGCGACACCGGCUCCCACCUGUAUCGCUAUUCGUGGGAUUUGGAUGACCUCCGCCAAUACCCAUGGGAGCGUACCUAUGUGCGUCAGGCGGAAGUAUUGGCGUAUCUACAGCACGUUGUUACGCGCCAUCGACUUCGACAGUACAUGGAGUUUGACACGGAAGUCAUAUCAGCUGACUGGGAUGACAGCUCCGACCUGUGGGUGAUUCAAACCAGUACAGGUCAAAAGCUAGCAGCCAAAUACCUCGUCACUGCAGUCGGCCUUCUUUCUAGACAAAACUUCCCGAACUACCCUGGCAUCGGCCAAUUUAAAGGCGAGCUCUACCAUACUGGAUCGUGGCCCAAAACGCAUGAUUUCAAAGGAAAGCGAGUUGGAGUUAUUGGGAGUGGCUCAACUGGCGUGCAGGUCAUCACUGCAUUGGCGGAUGAAGUCAAGCACUUACUGUGCUUCCAAAGAACGCCUCAAUACGUUGUGCCAUCCGGAGACGUUGUCGCGACGCCGGAAUAUCGCAAAGAGAUCAACGACUCGUACGAAGAUAUCUGGAAGCAAGCCAAGAACAGCCAAUUCGCUUUUGGUUUCGAGGAGAGUAAAAACCCUACGAUGAGUGUCAGCAGCGAAGAACGUGAGAAGAUUUUUGAGGAGGCAUGGCAGCAAGGCAAUGGUUUCCGAUUUAUGUUUGGCACGUUCUGUGACAUUUCAUACGACGAAGAAGCGAAUAAGGAAGCUGCAGACUUUAUUAGAAGGAAAAUACGUGCCACAGUCAGAGAUCCGGUAAAGGCGAGCAAAUUAAUACCUACCGACUACUAUGCAAGACGACCCCUAUGCGACACAGGCUACUAUCAGAAAUUUAACCGGGACAAUGUCGACAUCGUGGACAUUAAAGAAGUGCCUAUAACUCAUUUCACAGAGAAAGGGAUUGUAACCAGUGAUGGCACUGAGCAUGAACUGGAUGUGGUAAUAUGCGCAACAGGGUUUGAAGCCGUUGAUGGCAACUACACCCGCAUUCCAAUCAGGGGUCGCAAAGGGGUGACACUCAAGGAGCGGUGGGCAGGAGGUCCAAGCUCAUAUCUAGGUGUUUCGGUUCCCGACUACCCCAAUCUCUUCAUGAUAUUAGGUCCGAACGGACCGUUCACCAAUCUACCACCGACCAUUGAAACACAGGUGGAAUUUAUCUCUGAUCUGAUUUCACAUGCGAAUAAUCAAGCUCCAGCUCUCAUUAACGGAACCAAAAGACCCGUGGUGGAGGCAACAGUUGAAGCGGAAGAGAAAUGGACUGACCUUUGCGACAAAAUGAGUGCAAAUAGCCUCUUUCGGAAGGGUGAUUCAUGGAUCUUUGGUGCCAAUGUACCAGGUAAAAAACACUCGGUUCUUUUCUACUUUGGAGGUUUAGGAAACUACCGCAUGGUUCUUGAUGAUGUGAUCAGAGCAGGAUACAAGGGCUUUUUGGGUUACUAGACUGCCAUAUGAUUUCUUACAGCGCUCGAAGAUUGCUGAUUGCCCUACCCUGAAUUCUUCUGUGUAACAAGCGUAUUUGUUAACAUUUCUCUAAAUG